UCAGAGAAAAGACACCGACCCUACCGCAUAACAUUCUCUCCCAGUCCCACACAGAUCAAUCAUUCAGGGCAUACUACAAACCGUAAAAUGGCCGUUUUGUCUCUUCUCCCUACAACAACACGCCCACUCUCACUCUCCCUACCACCAUCUUCAUCUUCAACCAGACGCGAUAAUAACAGCAAUAUUUGCCAAGUUUCAUUUUCACCCAUCGCGUACCCUAAACUCUUCCGUUCAAAUUCAACCGCAUUACUUCCUCUCAAAUCGUCUAUCUACAACGUAGAAAUCCUAGUCGAAGAAGACGAGCCCGAAGAUAAACUCCUCAGUCGUUUCAGGAAAGAGGUUAUAAUUGCUGGAGUUUUUCAGGAGUGCAGACGCAGAAAAUUCUUCGAGAAUCCAAUUGAUAAGAUCAAAAGGAAACGCCGAGAAGCUGCUAAAAGAAAUCGUAGACGGUGAUGUGUGUUAAAGCAAACAACACCUUCAGUUUUAUGUUCGAUGGAGCUUUAACACAUCCAAGUUUCUACAACAGUUUGAGAAAUGCAUUUAUCCACGGGAACAAUCUCCCCCUCCAUUUUUGGGAUGGUGGAAUAUACAUGACAGGCCAAUUUUAUAGGUUUCGGUUUUAAAUAAUACUGCUCAUAAGAAAGCCACAAUUAGUAUAAAAUUUAUUAAAUAGUAAAUAUAAGAAGUUUUUGAAUUAUAUAACAACUUAGUAAUAAUAUUAUCAUUUAAGGACAUCUGAAAUUGUAGUUGUAAAGACAUUUGAUAUACUAAGGUGUGGUUCGCACUCAUAAUUCCCUACAUGUCAGCACUUAGCGUGUGAAUUUUUUGCAGCUAAGCUCUUUCGAACCAGUGUUCUCAAUAGAAGAUGACGGUCCAUGGCGAAAAGCCAAAAUCUAGCCAUACCAACCAACUUGUGAUGUCGCUAUAGCAGAUUAUGGCGAAAAAAUCAGCAAUAUAGGCUGAUAUUAACGAUUACAAAUAGCAAAAAAAUCGCCAUGUAUAUCCACCACUGCACCAC